AUGUUGCUGCGUUUCCUGUCCCUGACAGGCGCGCUCUGUCUGAGCAGCUGUGCUGCGUUGUCACUGCCCGAGCAUAAGGUCGAACUAUCGGGGCUGGAUCCCGAGUUUCGAAGCCGAAUCAUCUCCAAUGCCCGUCCAACAAACGUGCCGACCGCUCUUUGUUCAUUCUCAGAUUCCGAAUGUUCGAAAGAUAUCGAUCUUCAUUCCCAGCUGACACUGGACUUCUCUACGGAAAAUGGCACCCUACUCGCCAACCAUGACCCUAUCUUCCCACCCACUUUCCCAAUGCGAUUCCAUGCUGUCCGGCAUUUUCAAUCAGGCCGAGAGACGGUCGACCUGGCCUAUGAACUCGAUGUGCGACCCAUGCCGUCACGCCCUGACGAAGCACUGGGGGGCGUAUUCCUUUUGAAACUCAGACUGUUUGACCUCCAAGGGCGGCCCGCCUCCGAUCACCUGGUCACGAUCACCCUGAAUCAAGACUCGGAGGGAAACCUGCAAAUCACUCAACUUGAAACCAACCCCGUCCUCGGCCACCACCAUCACGACGGACCACCAUCAUGGAUGGCCCAAUUAACCGCCAGCCUUCAGGCAAUGAAGGACGCCGUCAAGGACUGCAUGCACGGUCCGGGACCGAGGCAUCCGACCGCAAGACCCCAGCACGGCCACAUGCAACCUCCAGUCGACCAUCACCGCACGAUCGCUCCGGAGCAUCACCGCUACCACCACAGACCCGGCUACUGGGCAGGUCGGGAGAAGAACUUCGGCAGGCUCAUGCGUCCGGUCGUCAUGCCUGCCCUUCUAGGUGUGAUGGCCGGUGUGAUCGCCUGCAUGGUUGGAUUCGUGCUGGGCAAAAUCUUCAUCUCAGUAUUCUACUGUGUUCGGGGUUACAGGAAGCAGCACCAGAAGCAGAACGAGACUGCCAUUCCCCGGAUAGUGGUGGUGGAAAGCGCUCCCAGUGAAAAGGAGCGCUUGAUGGCGAUGUGCGAUGAUCAGUGUUGA